AUGAUCACCAAAAUCCUGAACGGGUGGCGCAUCUCCUUCUUCUUCAACCUGAUGACCUUCAUCGUGCAGCAGCUGGGGCUGUACUACAUCCUCUUCGAGUACAACAAAUUCAUCCUCCUCCUCUGCACCUUCGACAUAUACAUUUUCAUCCACUUCUGCUUCAACAACUCCCAAUCCUUUGCGGCCGUCAAGGGAGGCAACUGCUGGAUCCUCUACGUGUACUCCAUCUCCUUCAAAGUCAUUUUUAUGUACUUUUUUGCCUUCAACGAAAAUGCCUAUUCAGAAGAAACAAACACAGAUUAUUAUAACAAGUGUGUUAUAUUUGCUCUCCUCAGUUUGAGUACACUCAUAUACACAGCUCUGUCUGUGAAGUCGUACAAACAGCUGUACCCAGACGAAAUGACCAUAACGAAUGAACAGAUUUUCCAUAACAAUUUAAUCCUCCACGUGGUGAUAGACCUCUUUGACAUUUUCGAGUUGCUGUUCACUUUGGUCAAGCUCUCAUAUAUUGUUAAAAACACCAAUUUUUGGAUUAAAAUAAUUGGAGGAGUCUUAAUUUCGUUUUCUCUCUACUUGAAUGCUUAUUCCUUUCCGAUUAUAUCCCUCGUGACAGAAAAGAACAGAAAAAAUUUGGAUCUCGGGGAUAUAUACUUCUGCAAAAAGCAUGCUGCUGUGAUUGGUAUCAUCCUAGUGGACAUCCCCUUUAUGAUUUUACGUCUUUACUUCCUGGCCUCCUACGUUUCGAAUGUACAUUUCCAACCCCUUUUAAUUAAGAACGUUUGUUUCAUCCCGAUCAAGUGCCUUACUAUAAAGCACUGCAAUUUGAUUUUCGAGAGGCUACGUCGAAAUAUAGAUCACACAGAUAAUGGUGGUCGAGUGGGACACACCCUCGCAAUCACCAAACAUACCAACAGUAAUAACAACACUAGCAAAUCGGAUGAUGGCACUCUCAUUCCGUAUGGCUCUUUUGGUGGGAAUAAGCCCAAUGUGGGAAAUCGCUCCUCAGGAGGGGUUCUGAAGAAACGAUCCAUUGUAUCAUUAAGCACCAUGGGGUGCAAUAACUCGUUGGAUAUCAAGUCGGUGCAGUCUAUGAGGAACGAGGUAGAUGUACCCACGGGGGACGCUGUCACUUCCAGGAAGAAGAAAGUUACAACUGUCACUGAUGUCAAGCAAGAUGGUGAACAAAUCAGCGGGAGUGGACAUACCCCAAUCUCUCACAACCUUUGCGAAUACUUCGAACACCUGGUGGAGAAUCAAGUAGCCACCUUCCGAAAGCUAAAUGUGAAGAAAAACAAAAUCGGGAAGAAAUUCGCCAUGAAUAAAUUAAUGUACACUAAUGUAUCCAACAAUGAAAGGUACCACUGCUAUUUGGAUGAUAGUCUGAAGGUCUCCUACCUGAACCAGAUACGCCUAAUCAUCCCUUAUGUAAUCUACUGUCUAGGAAAAAUAGCUAUGUCUAUAGUGAUUUACUUCUUCUAUACAAAGAUAAACAUCCAUGACUUGAAGAUAAUCCUAACACAGUCAGACAUGUAUUUCAAAUUGUUUGAGCAUAACCAUAUCAUGUUUAUCGUAUCCUUUUUAAUAAUUUUAGGCAACUCAGUUAUAUCCUUUUUGUGUUCUGUAUUUCUCUCCAGUAUAGUGGAGGUCCUAUUUUUUACUCUUUUCAUCUUCGUAAAGUGUACCUCCGAUUUUCUAUUCCUCCUCCUUCUCGUCUAUAACAACAUUUUUGAAAUUUUCUUGAGAAAUAUGAACAAGUCAGAAAAAUACGCGCCAUAUUUUUAUCUCCUUUUCGCA